AUGCAUUUCUGCACAUUUGGAUGCAAUAAAAAGUUUCACCGUACACCACGCGGCUGUCGGCUUGCGACUUCUGGACGGAAGUUGAGGGGGUUCGGCUUUUGGACGGAUCUUGGUCAGAUUUUGGUCAGAAGCUGCCCACUGGCAACAGUGGGACGGUCAAUGGUCAGAUUUUGGCCGGAAUUUGAAGGCGCUGCGUGUCAUGCGGCGCGUGCUACACUCAUUUUAAAUACAAGUACUUCGGAGACAAAAACAGACGAUGUUCACAGGAGUCAAAAAAACAACUGGAUGCUAGAAAAUUCAAAGAAAGACAAGAAAGUUAAUCAGGCAGAGCCUCUUCUCUCGAGUUCGUCACGAUUCACAGCGACAUCUUCAAAAUUUUAA